AUGUGGGAUGUUAAUUCUGGAAAGUCUCGAGGAUAUGGAUUCGUAGCAUUUCGUGAUAAAACUGAUGCGGAACAAGCCAUUGCUACAAUGAACGGUGAAUGGUUAGGAAGUCGUGCAAUUCGAUGUAAUUGGGCAAAUCAAAAAGGUCAACCUGGUCCAGGAAGUAAUACCUCGGAUCGACAAGUUAUGGGAAUACCAACCCAAAAAGCGCCACAAUUAUCUUAUGAUAUUGUAGUUGCUCAAACUCCACACUAUAAUAAGGAUCAUUUGGUACCAUACUUUCAAUCUUAUGGAUUUAUCAUUGAAGUUCGCAUGCAAGCUGACCGAGCCAAUGCAAUCGUAAAUUUACAAAAUACAAAUAUUAAUGGUCGAAUUAUUAAAUGUUCGUGGGGAAAAGAUCGAGCUCCCGAAGCUACCACUACCACUUAUCAUACCUACGGCGUACCAAACGCAUAUAAUUAUAGUCAUUACGGUUAUUACGGUAAUCCCGCCGGUCAUUACGCUACUCCUGGUACUGAAAGUGCUUAUGAUCUUCCUCCUGGUAUGUCAGCUCCUCCACCAUCAUUAGCUUCAUUAGAUGCUCAUCAUGCUGCGGCUCAUCAUCAUGCCGCAGCUCAUCAUCAUGCUGCUGCUCAUCAUCACGCGGCUGCUCAUCAUGCCGCUGCUGUUAACGCUACUGCAGGUUGGGAACAAUAUUAUAAUAAUGGAGGUUAUGAUGCAUAUGGACAACAACAAUAUUACCCUUAUGGUUAUAGUCAAGCAACUACUACUACUGCUUCUACUUCUUCUGGUGCUUCUAAUGCUGCUACUGGUACUUCCUCUACUGGUGCUGCUACAUCUGUUAAUCCGACAUCAAAUUCAGCUAAUACUUCUAAUACUUCAGUUAACUCUAGUGUAACUUCUACUAAUAACCCUCCGGGUGCUCCCGGCACCACCGUCGUCACUCCAACUUCUCCACAUCAUUCCGUCUCUCAUCCUCCAGAAGUUAAACAAGAAGUUAAACAAGAAGUAAAACAAGAAGUAAAACAAGAAGUUAAACAAGAAGUAAAACAAGAAGUAAACAAGAAAUAUCAAGAAUUAUUCAAGUGGGAAGAAGAUCCAACUGAUAUACGAAAUGUUCCAUAUACCAUUGUUAUAUAUAUAUUUAUUUCCGAACAUUCAAAAGUUCUUUGUCGUCAUAAAUCGUUUGCAGUAUUAAUAUAUUUAUGA